AUGGCAUCAUUUGUGACAGUGCGAGGCAAAGCUAUCUCGUUAGAGUCGCAAUGCGACUCAUUGCUGUCGAGGUACUCCUCAUAUGCGCAGUCGACAAGCAGUGAAGCAGACAGCAAAGAGCGCGGGCUGGCGGAGAAGCUCGAGAGCGUACUGAAGGAGCGGCAAGGGGUUAUAGAGGAGCUGCAGCGGAUCUGCGACGAUACCACGAGCAUCGGGUCAUCCAAGCUAUCGCAAUUGCAGCGGCACCGCGAAGUGCUACAGCAACACUGGCAGACGUUCCAGUCCAUCCGGUCGUCCAUCCAGCAGGAGCGGAGCAGACUGAAUCUGCUGUUCAGUGUCAAGCGCACGCUGGAGCAGAGCGAGCUGGAGGAGCAACCACAGGAGGAGCAGUACGCCGCAGCAGAGACGCGGCGGAUCGAGGAGUCGCAUAACGUGCUGGACCGGCUGAUCUCGCAGGCGUUCGAGACACGCGACCGGUUUGCGGAACAGCGGUUCUCGCUGCAGCGGGCCAACGACCGCGUGUACCAGACCCUGCAGCGUAUCCCGGGCAUCAACCACGUGCUCAGCCAGAUCACGAUCCGACGUCGCAAAAACGCUAUGAUACUGGCACUGACCAUGACGAUAUGCAUCGUGUUGCUAUACUGGAAUAUGGUAGGCUAA